AUGAAUGUCAAACGAAAGACAUUUAUGCAAUAUCAUGGAAGUUCCAUGUCAAUUGCAUCUUUAACCAUGUUGAACUUUAACUUUAUUGUGUCGAUAGGAAACGCAAGACAUUUUGAGGUCUUAAAGUGUCCGUCUUGUCAACCACACAAGACUAGUUUCAACUUUCAUUCGCGAUAUUUAAUUAAAAAGUGCUUUUCCCAGAAAAACCAAAUAUUUAAACUUUAUAUUCGUGGAAUCAUUCAACCAACACUAAAGUUUAGUUUCUCACAAACUGAACCUGAUAUGAAGCAUAUGUGCACAUCAUAA